GAAGUAGAAAUAUCCAAUAUGGAUGACAAGUUACUACAGCAGCUUCAGUCGGACGACAUUUUUAGUCAGUUCCUAGAUGCAUCAUUUGAUGUUAAGGGAUAUGCCAACAGAGCAAUUCAAGGACAAGCCAUUGCAGAACAGUUGUCCAAGCUAGCUGAAGGAAUUGCACUGCUUGAUAGAGAAAUUCACUCACAGAUUGUAGCUCACCAUGAUGACUUGCUUUCACAGGCAUCAGGAGUGGAAACAUUGGAGGGAGUACUGCAGAUGAUGCAAACCCGUAUACAGUCCCUGCUAGCUGCCAUGGACAGGGUCAGAACAAAGGUGUCCGAACCAUUCAACAAGAUAGCAGCCAGAACAGCACAACUGAGAAAUUUACAAGAAACCUGUGACUUAUUAAGAAGGAUCAUCCGCAUUAUGUACCUCAGCAAGAGGCUUCACAGUCAGCUGCAGGGUGGGGCAAGGGAGAUAACCAAGGCAGCACAGAGUCUCAAUGAAUUGGAUUACAUAUGUGAAGGAGUGGAUUUUGCUGGUAUAGAAAUAAUAGAACAAGACAGAAGAUUCAUUAGAGGGGCAAGGAAGGAUGUGGAAACACAAGCUCAGAAAAUGUUAGACCAGGGCUUGGAAACACAAAACCCGACACAAGUGGCAACUGCACUACAAGUGUUCCACAACUUGCGAUGCCUGCAUCAAACGGUAGACAAGGUGGUGACUGGCUGCAAGGAGGGGCUACAUAAGAACAUCCGCAGCUGUCUAGAUAUGCAGGCCCUCAGUCAGCAGCAAUCUUCUGUUAUAGGCUCCAAAGGAGGGCCUGGCAAGGCCUCUAUGCCUGUUACUGGGAACACGGCUGCCUUCCGGGCACUGCUGUGGACAAAUAUGGAGAAGAUGAUGGACAAUAUCUAUGCUUCAUGUGUUCAGGUUCAACACCUGCAGAAAGUAUUGGUGAAGAAGAGAGACCCUGUCACUCAUGUGUGCUUCAUAGAAGAAUUGGCAAAGUACCAUGAAGGAAACCUUAACAUCAUGCAGGACUUCUGGGACAGUGUUACAAGGAUGUUGACAACAGAGUUUACCGAGGCAUCGGAAGGAUCCAUGUUCCUCAAACAGGCAUUUGAGGGAGAGUACCCCAAACUGCUGCGGCUGUACAAUGACCUGUGGCGCCGCCUACAACAGUUUUGUCUUAACACUUCUUCACACAUGGCUGACCAUCUGACCAAUGAAGAGGGUGGAGAAGAAGACCUCUUUUUACAGGUCAACAGAAGAGACAAAUACGAUCCUGAGACAACACUGAGACUCACUCUGGCAAAGUUUGAGAUGGCCUACCUCUCAAAGUCUCUGUCACGACUGUUUGAUCCUAUCAAUCUCAUCUUCAGCAACAGCAGUUCCAUGAAUCCUCCUACAGCCUCAGAGGUGGAGAGUGUUGUGAAAACAAUCAUAAGUGAACUCAACGUAGCGAGUGUAGACAACAAGUUGUGUGUAACGGUAUCCAAGAAUGUCGCCAAAACAAUCGAACUCUUCUGUAACAAGAGUGAACAAUUGCUUGCUACUGAUGGGGAGGCUAGCCAGGUGAUAGCUCUACCUUCUCAAGGCCAGAGUCGUAACUGUGCAACAGUGAAUACAUUGUACCUGCUUCACCAGUCCAUCUCCAAGAUCUUAGCUGGUCUCACAACUUAUCCCACUGAAGCUACAGAAAGUAUCAAGAAAGCUUUGGAGGUGACUGUGGGCCUGAUGAGUGCUGCAGUAAACCCUCUUUUGUCCUCUAUCUCCGAUGCUGUUGAAGCCAUCAUACUGACUAUACACCAGGAGGACUUUUCAGGGAUGAUGGAUGUGGACCAUCAGAAGGAAGCUCAUUGUUCUCUAUACAUGCGGGAGUUACAGGACUUUGUAACCAGAUGUCAGACAGAUUACUUAUCUCCAUUUGAUUGUCAGGACUUCAUCAUGGAAAGCAUCAAACCAAUAGCAAGUCGAUGUGUAAUGCUAUUUGUAAGACAUGCCUGUUUGGUGCGUCCCCUAGGGGAAGGCGGAAAGAUGCGACUGGCUGCAGAUUUUGCUCAGAUGGAAUUGGCAAUCUCUCCAUUCUGUAAAAGGGUUUCCGAUAUUGGCAAAGACUACAGACUUUUGAGGGCCUUUAGACCUCUCCUCUUUCAGACACCUGAACACAUAUCUCGGAGUCCAACUCUGGGUGACAUCAUUCCGUACAGCACAUGUCUACACUUUCUGUUUGCUAAAGGGGCUCCCCCAGAACUGCGGUCUCCACAUGUUGUGGUGGAUUGGUCCAUCAGUCGUUACUCACAGUGGCUAGAUAGUCAUCCCUCUGAGAAAGACCGACUGACACUCAUCAAGUUUGUAUUUCUGGGGAAGCUUAGAGGGAUAUGUCCAACAUGUAAAGUCUCGACACGGAAAGGAGUUCACACCAAUCUACCCAAUAAUGUUAGAACUGUUACAGAAAGGACUUCAGAUUGCUACGUAGCAAUGACAGAACACAAUUAACUGUUAUAGAGUGCUGUUCUGUGUAUGACUGAAUAGGAAGAAUAUUUUCUGUUUAACCUCCUGUGGAGCUCAAGAGGAUAAUUGUAUAUUCUUUAUCGAAACAAGUUUUUUAGAUAAUC